AUGUCAGAUGUUAGCAAACAAAAUUCUUGUGUUUGUUACACUUUAUCAAAAAAACCCUUUUCUGGUGCCUGUUAUCAAAAGCAUACUCAUUGUUUCUUCUUUUUGAAUGUUUUUAUAGCCUUGAUUGCUUCUAUUGGGAAGAACAAGGAGAAGUUGGCAAGGAUGUACGAGGUUAAAGAUCCAAAUGUCAUCUUUGUAUUCAAAUUAAGAAAUCACUUUGGUGGUGCCAAGUCAACAUGUUUGGAUUGA